CGUGUCCUUACCACCACCAUUCACCAUCACCCAUCACCUGCCACUCGUCUUCGGGUGAUCACGCGCUCUCUCCGUUGGACGCAUCCGUCAGUAUGGCAGAGGCAGAAGCACUUCCGCCUGGUAUCCCUCUCCCAGGAGAGGGCGGCGCAGGUUCAAGUCGGCUGGCCGUCAACCUUCCGCUCGACCUGCCCAAGGAGAGCAUCCUCGCCGCCAUCCAGACUCAUGCCACCCUAUCCGUCUCCAAUGGCGAGCUCACUGAAGCUUCUCUCGCUUCUCCAGAUAACAGUGUCAUCCUUGCCGUCUAUUCGGCCCUGUCCGCUCUCGCUUCCAAGUACGAUGCUGAAGUUCAAGCUCGCGAGACUCGCGAGGUAGACGUCGAAUCCCAGCUCAAUGCUUCGGAUCACCUGCGCAGUGAAGCAGAGGGUAAAGCCUCACAGGCAAUGCGAGAGGCAGAAGCAGCAGAGGCAGGAAGGCGGUCAGCUCAACAAGCUCUGGAAGAAAAGGAGACCGAGCUGGCCUCUCUCAAGGCCAGUGUCCAGAACGGCACUGCUGCCAGCGCUGAGAUCAAAGCCGUCCUCGACAAGGAGCAGGGCGAAAAGAAGGAGCUACUAGAGGUCUUGAACAAAGAGAGGGCCGAGGGUAGGCAAAGAAGCGAUGAGAUCGAGACCUACAUCGCCAGGACACGAGAGGGACGACAAGAAAUCAAUAGAAUCACCACCGAACUGCAAGAAGUCAAAGCGUCCGAGAGCGCCGCCAAAUUCAAAGCUCAGUCCCUUUCGCAAGAGCUCGAGCUCGCCCGCAAUGACGCCUCCUGGGCUCAUUCCGAGCUCACUAGACUCAACUCGGACCACACUGCCUUCCGAGUCUCCAAGCAUUCCGAGGUGGUCAAGCUACAGUCGGAGCUUGACGAGGCUUCACAGAGCGCCAGCACUCUUCAGACCAAAGUAGAAGGUCUGCAGUCUGCGUACGACGACGCAAGCCGCCGCCUCAGCGAGGCCUCGAUAGAAAGGGAGCAGCUCGUGAAUCGUCUGGCCAGUCAGGAAGAAAGCUUCAGGAGGGAGGUCGAGACGAAAGACCGCUUGAAUGCUCUGCUGCAACGGCGGACCGAUGAUGAGACGAGAAGACGGGAGCAAGUUGAGUCUGAGUGGGAGAACGUGUUGGAAGGCUGCAGGGAGACAGAGCUUGAGCUGCAAGACAAAGUCGGCCAGGCUGAGGAUCGGAUUCAAUCGCUCAAGGCUGAGAAGGAAGAGUUGCAACUUGCGCUCGACCGUAUGGCGGAGAGCAUCGGUAUUGACACUGCCUCUCGUGCAGGAUCCAUCGAUGGCCAAGUGGCGCCCACAACUCCCCUUCGCCCCUUCGCGACAUCACUUGGCUUGGGUGGCAACGGCAACACUCCUUCCAUCAUGAUGAUGUCUCCCACCGCAGCUAUGGCUUCCUCGAUGCAGCGAUCCGGCAAGACCUUCACAGAAGUCUACACUGCGCUUGCGAAGACGGAGGAGGAGUUGAGGCGCGAAAAGCUUGAGACGAGCCGCCUCGCUUCGGUUCUAGAGACCAUCAUGAACGAUCUUCAAGAAAGAGGGCCAGCUCUUCAAGCUCAGCGGGAGGAGACCGAUCGUCUCGCCGUGGCUCUUGAAGAGCUUUCUGCAGACUUCGCUCGGGCUUGCGAAGAGCGAGACGCCGCUGAGCGGGCGAACAAGCAGUCCAGAGCCGAGGGGUCUGCUGUCCGACGAGAGAAUGACUUACUGAAUCAACAGCUUGCCGAUCUCGGACGGCAAGUACGAGCUCUGACCCGAGAGGUCAUCAUCCGUGAUGAUCCAUCAGCUGUCAGUCGCUUGCAGGAGGACGGCUCAGAGUUCCCUUCCCUCAACGUGGCGCCCGAGUCUGACACGCAGAGCGUCAUCAGUACGGAGCUCGUCACUUUCGAUUCCCUGACAUCUCUCGUAGCUCAGAACGGACGUCUCCUGCGGGUGGCGCGAGAGCUCGGGGCUCGCAUGGAGGAGGAAGAGGCCAAAUGGCGCGAGCGCAACGAACACGAAGAGAGUGAAGCCGUACAAGAGGCAACCAGGCUCAUUGAAAGAUUGGAAAGUGAGAUUGGCUCGGAACGGUCUAGAACCGAAGCGAUGCGUAGGGAGCGCGACAUGUUCCGCUCCAUGCUGGCAAGCGGGUCCAGAGCUGGCUUUGCUGCAUCCACUUCAUCAGUGGAUGGGCAAGGCACCUCGGCAUCGGUCUCGGGAGCUCAUGCUAAUCUGGCAGGCCAGUACGCCGCUCUGCAAAACCAAUUUGAUACUUUCCGGGAAGAAACAUCCCGCGAUGCAGAUGCCCUCAAGACAGAAGCUCGUCAAGCUCGAGAUGAAGCCGGCAAAAGCGCUUUGGCAGCUGCCAGAGAAAAAGCCGGCCGAGAGUCCAGCGAAGAGAGGUACCGCACACUUCAACAAACCUUCGAGUUGCAGCGGUCCGAGCUGUCCGAGCUGUCCAAGCGGCUUCAAGCUCAACAAGGCAACCUCGCCCGUCUAGAAACAUCUUCUCACAGCCUGUCAGAAGAUCUCUUUUCAACACGCAAAGAGCUCGAGCGGCUUCGCAAUGAGUCCGCCCACCUUCGCGCUGAGCGUGAUAUCGCCAAAGGUUCCGAAUCUAGGCUGAUGGAAGAGAUCUCGGCCAUGGUGAAGGAGAAAGCCGGUCUCAACGAGCUGCUGAGAAAUGUACAAAGCAUGCAAAAUGAUCUUGAUAGGAAUGCAAGUGAAGCCAAGCGUCGUAUGGAGGCCCAAAUCGAGAAACUCGAGGAGCAGGGCAAAGAUUACCGCGAGCGGGUGCAGAAGGAAGAAGCAGCCAGGAGAGAAGUCGAGUUGCGCAGGGAGAUCGAUGUUGGGGGUCUUACUAGCCGACUGGAGCGGACGAGUGCAGAAUUUGCGACUGCCAAAGAGCAGAUUGCGGUCGCCAAGACAAAUGUCGAGCAUCUGACCAGAAGAACAGAGGAUCUGCAGAAGCAGAUUGACUCCAAGGAAGAAAAGCUUGCCGUCUACGAACGACGCUCUGCAACAUCUGCUACCACAAAUGGCCCAAGUGGCUCAGCUGGCGCCACAUCGUCUCUCAACAACGAGCAACAGCUACAGAUUGAGAUCGCUGAGCUGCGAGGCGAUCUUCGUGGUGCUCAAGUGGAUGCAGAGCAGAGCAGAUCGCACGUCGAGCAGUACAAAGCCAUUGCUCAAGCUAGCGAAGAGGCCCUGACUCAACUGCAAGCCACCUACGACGAAUACCAGACUAUCACGCAAGCUAGUCUUUCCGAGAAGGACGGCGAGAUCGCUCAGCUCCGAAGCAGGCUGGAAUCAGUGGCUGCCGAGAUCACCUCCUUGCAGAACGAAGCCUCAUCCGCUCGACAAGCCCUCGAGACCCAACGCAAUGAGUUCGAAGCUGAAAAGCACUCUCUGCAGACUGCAUUGACCGACUUCAAUGGUGCUGAGGAGAGAGCGAGGGCAGACCACGAAGAGGUACGAGCGGACAUUGAGAAGCAGGCCCAACUUGCACGGGAAGCACAUCAGAAAUAUGAGACUGAGCUGCUUGCACAUGCUGAAGAUAUCAAGGCUCUCUCCGCGCUCAAGGAAACGCUCGAGCGCACCCGUUCAGAGGCGCGGGAGAGUCAAAAGAAUUACGAGAUCUCCCAGGCCGACCUCAGUACCUCAAAGGUCAGCUGGGAAGCGCAACGUGAGGCACUCGCUCGCGAGAAGGACUCGAUGUCGCAGCGGAUUAAUGAGUUGGUUGAUCAGACCACUGUGCUACAUCAGCAUCUCGAGACACUCACAUCGCAAGUCUCACAGAUUCGGACAGCUGAUGGCGAGCCAGCAGGCGAUGCUGAUGCCAGCUUCUCCAACGCUGGACUUGAGAGUCUUCGCGAGAUUGCAAAUCAUCAUCGCAGAGACAAAGAGAUCGCUGAACUUCACCUGGAAGGACUCAAGCAGGAGACCACUCGUCUGCGCUUGAAUCUGGAGUAUGCCAAUCGUUCCCUCGAGGAGACCAAAAUUCAAUUGUCCGAAGAGCGCGAGCGCAACUCGACUGCUGGAUCUGCCGGCGCAAAGCAGCACGACGAAGUCUUGGAGAAGAUCAAUCAGCUGAGCAUCCUGAGAGAGAGCAACGCAACGCUUCGAGAUGAAAGUGAAAGGUCUGCAAGGCGAGCUCAGACGCUCGAGACGCAACUUGCUGCAUCGCAAGCCGAGAUUGAUCCUCUCAAGGAGCAAUUGCGAACGGUGCAGAAUGAGUUGAGCGCUGCCCAAGGCCAGCUGCGCAUUGUACAGGAAGACAACAAACGCUGGCAGGCCCGCGCUCAGUCGAUCCUAGCUCAGUACGAUCGCAUCGACCCCGAGGAGAUCAAGCGGCUGGAGGAGCGUGCCGUUGCUGCCGAAACAAGAACUCAAGAAUUGCAGCAACAGCUCGAAGCCAGUAAAACAGAAGUCACCAACUCGAAAGACCAGUUCAGCCGGCUGCGCACACAAGCUAGCGACCGCCUCAAGCUGCUUCGCGAGGAAAUCGCUGGCUUGAAGGAGCAGAUCGAGACGCUGAAGAGGGAUAAGGAAGGCGCACAAGCUAUUGCAGAUCAGGUACAGGCUGCCGAGUCAGAGGCCGUGACCUCUGGCCUGCGCCGACAGCUGGAGGAGAUCCAGCAGGAGAAGCAGGCCGCUGAGCAGAAGGCCAGCGCCAGCCAGCAGAAGAUCCAAGAGCUUGAGCGGCAGAUUUCAGAACUUCAGCAGGCUGUGCAGGCCGCAGGAGAGGCGAAGGCUUCCGAAGCUAAUGCAGAGAGCGGCGCACAGGCUGGCGCUUCAAGUGGCGCUGACGUAGAUGCUGCCGUUGCCAAGGCUCUCGAGGAGGCUCAGAGCAAGUGGCAGGAGGAAAAGACUGCUCUGGAGGCUUCCAAGACUACCAUCGAGAACCGCGAGAAGCAGCACCACCAAAAGGCCCGAGAAUUCCUCACCGCCAUGCGGCAAGCACAGAAGGAGCGUGACGACAUCAGGAAGGAGAAGGAAGCUGUCGAGGCCAAUUUCGCUGCAAAUCACGCCGAGGAGAUCGAGAAGGUCGUAGCCGAGCGUGUGGCUGCAGGCGGGCAGCAGACCGGCGGUGCCGCUGGAACAUCUGUCGUCAAGGAGGAGGCAGGUCUCUCAUCCGACGAGGUCGAAGCACUGAAGGGCCGCAUUGCUGAGCUCGAGGAGGCUCUCUCCAAAGCCAACACGCGUAUCUCCGAAUUGGAAGCUUCUCUACAGCAAGCCUCCGCUAGCGAGGGCACUUCUUCAUCCCAAGACAUUGAGAAGCUCAAGGCCGAGCAUGCCGAGGCCCUCAAAGAGCAGCAGAGCACACUAGCUCAGCAAUAUCAGAAGCGUCAGUCCAUGGCCGUCGAAGUGGCUAUCAAGAAGGCUCAGGCAGAAACUGGCGGAGCUACUCCUAAUGCAGAGGCCGUGGCCCAACAGAUUCAAGCCGCUGUAGCAGCAAAGGAGCAAGAGAUCCGCCAACUGCUUGCCAACGGUUCUGAAGGUGGCGCAGGAGCUUCCGAUGAAGCUGCCCUGAAGGCUCGCUACGAGACUGGAUUCGAAGCCGGCAAGAAGGAAGCUGCUCUUCGCAAUCAGCUCAUGCUGAAACAGCGCGAUGGCAAAAUCGAGAGGCUCACAAAGGAGAUUGCCGAGCUCAAGGGCGAGACUCCAAGCACCUCUACGUCGGCAACCACCCCAACCGCUGGCAGUGCAGGUGCUGCUAAUUCCGCUGCAGGCUCAUCUACGGCUGCCUCUACGACUGGAGGCGCACCUGUUGGUCGUCCCGCUGUUGCGCAGGUGCCCGGCAGAGGUGGAACGACAUCCAUUCGUGGCCGAGGUGGACCGGCUCUCGCGACUGGCAAUGGUGCCACUGCCGGAGCCGCUCGUGGAGGAAGAGGUGGAGCUGUAGCCCCUCGCGGCGGACUAGCAUUGAGAGGCGGAGCUACUGCCCGUGGUGGAGUGGCCGGCAGAGGUGGAGCUAGAGGAGGCGGGGUGGCGGGUACUGGUGUGGCUGGUGGACAGGCGCAGAAGAGAAAGAUGAGCGAGGACCAAGGGGCUGCAGGAGAAGGAGCUAAGAAGGCGAAGGAGGGAUGAAGUGGCUGGCGGGAAGGGACAUAGGUAUCUGCUGAGGUGAAGUGGUCUGUAGCGCAACACGAAUGAAACAAGUAGCAUCGAACAGGACGCAGUGACCGACCGAGACAGUC